AUGGCAGAAUCGAGAAGCUUCGCUGUGGAGCUCGACGAGGUUAACGAAGAAGAGUUCGAACUCCGCAUCAAGGCACAUGGCAAGAAACAGCACCGCAAUUUUACCGGAUAUGACCAAAACAAACCUGCAGUAGUCUAUGGGUAUCGACAUGCUACUGUCCACGGCUCAUUUGUGGAUGACCAGGAUCAGUCUCAAGAUGGCAGUUUGAUCAUUCUCGACUGGCAUUUAUUGCCAAGAGACCCAAGCAAGAGAUUCAAGUUUGUGAGAAUCAAUGCCGUCUUCCGAGGUCCAGAGGGCUGCAAGUCAUGGGAUGAACCUUCUGUGUAUGACAUGUCCCCGAAAGGCAGCUUCGGUCUAUGCAGGACCAACUUUACGGAAGAGCGGAAAAAGGACUUGGAGGGUUCCUUGGGAGCCCAGUUUGGAGGAUCGGCAAGCGUGAAGGCAGUCUAUGGAUUAUCGAACUCAACAGUCAUUGGAGAUAAGAUUACCAUCAAUGGGCAAGCUUACCUCGACUGCAACAUUGGCGCAGAACGAGAUCCAGACGCAUGCAAUGGUGUCGAGUGGAACUUCUACGAAAACAAGUCGCAGAGAAGUGGCCUACCAACAUAUGUACGCACUGCAAUACUUGUUCGUCGCGAGACCAAUGAGGAAUUCACGGCAAAAUUCACCGUCAGGGCCAAGGUGGGGAUCUUGACAGAUAUGGAGUCAAAGCUGAAGAGGGUACUGGGAUGCAAGGAUGAUCCCAUAGUGUUUGUACCGGGUAUUACGGAAAAGACUGCUUUCGACGACAUGGCUGAUGAACUACACAAGGUCAAUCUUCUUGAUCAGUGUAUUGUUAUCAUGGACAACGAUGUACCUGGAGCCUCAGAUGAAAAGCAUAAAGAGGAACCACAGAUGAUUGAGGGCAAGAGUGACAUUGGGGUUACUGUUGAGGUUGCUAUUUAA